CCCUUCCCCGCCUCAGCCCCCGGGGCCGAGCGGCUACAUCCGUGCGGCGGCCCCGGCUGCUCCAACCCCUCCGCCUCAGCCCAGCCUCGGCUCCUGGGCUCUCCCGCAGAGGGGAGGGACUCCUCGCCUGCCUCCUUCCCCUUCUCCUUCUCGGCGACGACACCCGGGAGAGAGCCGCGGAGCGCCGGGAGAGCAGGUUCCUAAAAAUUAGCACUAUGACUGAUGGAGACUAUGAUUAUCUGAUCAAACUCCUGGCCCUUGGAGACUCUGGGGUUGGAAAAACAACAUUCCUGUACAGAUACACUGACAACAAAUUCAAUCCCAAAUUCAUCACAACAGUUGGGAUAGAUUUUCGGGAAAAGAGAGUGGUUUACAACAGCAGAGGACCCAAUGGAUCUCCAGGAAAAGCCUUCAAGGUGCAUCUCCAGCUUUGGGACACAGCUGGACAGGAAAGAUUUCGAAGCCUCACCACAGCAUUUUUCAGAGAUGCUAUGGGCUUUUUACUGAUGUUUGAUCUCACCAGUCAACAGAGCUUCUUAAAUGUCAGAAAUUGGAUGAGUCAGCUGCAAGCCAAUGCAUAUUGUGAGAACCCAGAUAUAGUCUUAAUUGGUAAUAAAGCUGAUUUAUCAGACCAAAGGGAGGUGAAUGAAAGGCAAGCAAAAGAUCUGGCAGAUAAAUAUGGCAUCCCCUACUUUGAAACGAGUGCUGCUACUGGACAGAACGUGGAGAAGGCUGUGGACAAACUCCUGGACUUGAUAAUGAAGAGGAUGGAGCAGUGUGUGGACAAGACCCAGGUCUCUGACACAGCCAACGGAGGGAGCUCGGGGAAGCUCGAGCCGGCCAAACCGGAGGAGAAAAAGUGUGCCUGCUAAAAACAUCAUCUCUAAACUGUGACAACCAGUGAAAAAGAUGUCAUCAGAACACACCUGACCUACCACCAAGGCUCUGGUGAGCCCUGCACAGAAGCAAAGUCACAUUGUUUUCUUGGGAUUGUGCAUUUUUUUUUCUCCAAAGAACUGGUUUCAAACUAAAAGCUGUGUUUCCGUGAGACGCUUGUGCUGAAGUGAUCCUUCCUGAUGUGGUGCCAUCUCCAUGGGAAACUCUCCCACCUCUCCUUCUCCCCCCUCUUUUCCCCCUACCCCUCAUCUUUAUUUUUCAUGUGAUCAGGAGACUGAAUAGAGGAAAGUAGCUUUAUUUUUUUAAAAAGGGAGGGAAAGAACCUUUUGUCUGCAUACACUGGGUAUUGAAAUUAAAAUGGAGGUGGGUGGUUUUCUAGGUCUGUGCCAUUUUUUCCAGAGAAUCCUGUUUCUUUCUAGUUCUUAAUCUGCAUCAGGGACUGUGUGUUUUCUAAGGCAGAGAUAGAAAAGAUUUUAGGUGGCUUAUUAAGAAAAACUUAAGAGGAAGGAAUGCUGUGAAUUAUGUCCU